AUGGGCGAUGGUGUGUAAAGAAAAAAGCAAAGGAGGCCUAGGGGUGCGAGAUGUUAGAAUUGUUAAUUUAAGUCUUUUAACCAAAUGGCGUUGGCGCCUUCUUCUCCCGGGGAGGGCGCUUUGGAAGGAUGUUUUAGUGGCGAAGUACGGGAGACACAUUCUUACUAAUGUGGAUUGGAGUGGUGUUAGAAUUCCUACCAUGGCGUCAAAAUGGUGGAGGGAUAUUUGCUCUUUGGAUAAGCUGGUGGAAUCUAAAAAUUGGUUAGUAGAGUCCAUGGUUCGCCGUUUGGGAAAUGGUAAUUCUACUUACUUUUGGACUUCUAUUUGGACCGGUGAUGUAUCUAUUUCGGCGCGUUUUCCCCGUUUGUUUUCUCUCUCUAAUCAAAAGGAGAGUAUGAUAAAUGAACUUUGUGAGUAUGACGGGGAGCGUUGGAAUUGGACUUUCUCAUGGCGGAGGGCUUUAUUCCUUUGGGAGGAAGAACUUGUAGUGCGUUUGAGAGAUCUCUUGGCAACGGUGAAUUUAUUAAUGGAGGAUGAUGGUUGGAAAUGGGUUCCGGAUCCGGAAGGGGUGUUUUCGGUAAAAUCUACCUAUCUUCACCUUGUUGAUGAACUUCGGUCCGGGGAGGUGUUGGAAGAUGGUAAGGCGAUGAUUUUUGAUCAUAUUUGGGAUAGUCCGGCUCCGUCUAAGGUUAUUGCCUUCUCUUGGCAACUUCUUCAUGAUCGGAUUCCAACUAGAAGUAAUCUUGCGGUUCGGGGAAUUUUAGUUGCGGAUGUUCCUUGGGAGUGUGUGGGGUGUGUGGGAAGUGUCGAAUCAUCCAUUCAUCUCUUUUUGCACUGUCCUAGUGCUUUGAAGGUGUGGUAUGAUAUUUUUAGGUGGCUUGGAUUAGUGAUUGUGAUCCCUCCUUCGUUAUUUUUGCUUUUUGAGGUGUUGAGGGCGUCGGCGAGGAAUGUCAAGAUCCGUAAAGGAUUUUUGUUGAUUUGGCAUGCUACAAUUUGGUCCCUUUGGAAGGCGCGGAAUGGCUCUAUCUUCGCGAACGAAUCUUUUGCCCCUAAUGAUAUUGUGGAGGAGAUAAAGGUCACGAGCUGGAAAUGGAGUUUAGCGAGAUUAAAAGUACCUCCUUGUAUGUAUUAUGAAUGGACUUGGGAUCCCGGAGAUUGCUUACUGCGCUAGUUUUCCUUUUGGUGGUUUUUUGGUGCUGUGUUGUGCUGCUGCAGCAAGGCUUUUUGGCUUCUGCAGGUGUUGCCUUUGUGUUUUUUAGGCUGCCUGCCUUUUUUGUUUUGUUUUGGGUGUAGUUUCUGUAAGCCUUUAUAUGUUUGUCCUUUUUGUUGUAGUGGGGGCAGACUUUGCCUUGUUGGUUUCAGAUCUUGUAUUGUUCCUUUUCUUUUGCUGCUUCUAGUACUCCUUGUUCUAGAGUAAGCUUUAAUAAUAUUUGCA